AUCGUACGAGUAGAAGUUAUAAGGUCGAGAUAUACAAUUGACAGAUGCUGUUCUUGGAUUACUAUAAUUGAAGUUACAGAAUCAGUAAAAAAGGAUUAACAUAACUAUGAAAAACGAGAACAAUUAAAAUCAAGACACUAUAGUUAAAGAAGGCAAUUCGAACUUUUUUCUUGUAAUCAUCUGGUAAGGAUCAUGUAUGAUUUAUUUUUCAAUUAUUAUUAACCGCUGCAGGCUUCUGUUGUCGUUAGAUGCAUUUGAUCUGGAUGUAUCUUUCAUUUUAUUUGUAUAUUACAGCAGCCAAAACUGUCUUCUCACGAUUCCAGAGCAUACAAACGCUUGUUCACCAGAAUUACUUAAAACAGAACAAAAAUCACGUUAAACACACAUACACACACACACACAUAUUCUUAUAUUUUUGCAGCUUCAUUUCCAAUCAAAUGUUUCCUGUCUUUAAUAUUGGUCCUCACUUGGCAACAGAUGCAGACCCACUAACCUACUGUCGUUGUGAUACGUAGCACAUAAUCACGGAACUGGGGAUGGGAUCUAGCGAUUAACGGUUUCAUAUCGCAUCAGUGUUAUUUCCAAUUCUAAUGAUGGGGCUAGACACUUCGUCUGAGGACCAAUUUACAUUCUGGUUACUAGUGGUAACUAUUAUUAAACCUGUUCUUUGCAAUCUGUAUUCUUUUAUGCAGGCUAAACUAAAGUUUGUUGGCUACUCAGCAACUUGAAUACAAGUAACAUAUGUCAUGAUGUUAUGGCCGAAGACAAAGCCCUGAUUGGCCCCCAAAUGAUAUUCAAAAGUUGAAUCAGUUCGUCACUGACAGUCACGCAGGUCGCCACUACCUAAUUACGGGGUUUGCCUUGCGUGCAGGCCGUCUAAGUGCAAGAUAGCAGCGAUUCUGUGAUGAAAGUGUUCAGAUAAGAGCAAUCUCAUUUAAACGUCUGUUACGUUCACAUAGUGUGGGAAAGAACAUUUGAUACAUGCUAAAGGCAGGAUUUAGUAGGUAAAGUGGCAACACAAUGUCUUUAUAACUGUGACUCGAAAAAAUAAUUUAUAGGCGAUGACAUGUUCUUAUGGAAGAAUUUCACAGAUAUUUCCAAUAAUGGCAGGAAAACUGUCACUUUUGUCACUGUUCAUGUGCUCGGCGGCCAUGAAAACAGUCCCUGUUGCUGAACUUUCAAUGCGAGACGAAAGGAGUUUCUGGGACUUCAAGAGAACUGCAUUCCAGGUCAACCACAAUGACCUGAAGUCAACCAUUGGGACGAUGACGUCUUACUUGCAGACCAUGAGGAAAUUCAGGAAUUCAUACGAUUUUGCCAACGUCCAGAACCUCAGCUCCUUCACAGAAUUGUCGAGAUACUUGUCACGGACAAACCUUCAUCUCCUGGGAGGGGUACAUCAGGACGAGAGAUCCCAGGACGCCGAAGGACUAAAGCAAAGUCGUGACACGUCCUUAGCAAUCGCCCGCCUGACGGGAAGAUCCAGGAGUUUACGCAGCUACUGUGGAGGUCAUUCGACUCUUGGGCUCUUCAACUUUCUGACCUUCAUUGUCUACGCCUUCGCUCUUUUGGUGACGCUUCUGCAACUAGCGGCUGGGUCAAUGGCAGACUCCCUUGGCAACAACUUUCUCCCGGGUCUUUUGGCCAUAAUUGCUCGGGGAAGAAGGAAGAGGAAGAGGAGAAGCGGAGGUAGAAAGCUCCAAUCCUUCAAAUUCCAAAAAGGUUCAAGGGAAUCAUCAAAAUUAACAGCGGACGAAGUGAGUUCGAUCGGCAGAGAGAUGGGAUCAGGACUGAUGACCGUUUUGUUGGAGCUGUCGGGGGUUAGAAUUGAUGAUGAUAAGUUUUGCAAGAAUUCGCUGUCACGGGUGGCCCAUCAUUUCAUUUGGAAUAAAACUAGUCCCUAUGUAUUUACUGGUAUUACAUCUUGAGAAGAAGAGUAUAAUCUAUAUAUUGAAAUAAAGUAAUUA